AUGGAUGAGGCAACAAACCAGUUACCAGAUUUUUUUGAAUCUCACCCAUUUUUUUUGAACCUCAGCCUAACCAGUACCUGGUCUUUCAGGAGAGGCCAGCAUCCUUCAGCUCUCCAAGUGAACAGCUCAGUUUUUGAAAGGACUGAAAGGCCAGUUGGACAGUUCUGUAGACUGCCAUUUCUCUUGACAAGAAUUUGGAGGGAAGGAGAAGAGUUCGUUGUAAAUCUCUCUGUUAAGGGCUACUUUCAGCUGGGAUCCAGUCUCCAGCCUGUUCCCAGAAGCACUUGCCUUGCUGCAGCAGUGCGUGGUGAAAAGUGGAGGAGGAAUGUCUGUCUGGGAGCCGGCAGCCCUGAAUCUCGUGAUGCCACUGAGGAAACAAUUCAUGGGCAUGACAUUUCUCAUCCCUUCCUGCAUUUGACAGGUUUGAGAAAUAUUCCAGAACAGAAUGGCUUUUGUUUUGACGUGUUAUCAUGGCUCCAUUGGAGAUGUGAAGAAAUCAUGGCAAGCUUCCCACCAUCCAUGAAGGAAAUAAAAGAGAAUCCUGCUGGGGAGAGAACCAUGGCUACAUCAUAUUUAAGUAACACUGGAUUUUUUGGGACUGGUGAAUACAUGAAUCAGAGGGAUGAAGUUCAGGCCUCUUUAAUCAGUAUUUUCUUGAUGAGAAGACAACUCAGAAGAAUUAGAAGAUUAAUUUUUACUAGGAAGAAACUUGAACCUUUAUCAAUUGCCUCCUCAAUUGCUGCUACUAGGAGACUGAGACAUGGAAAAGUGAUUUAUUGUUUACUGCCAUGCUUCCUGCCUGGUAACUUGAAACUACAUCCAUAUCCCCAUGGCUCCUAUCUGGUACACAUGCACAAACUUGUCUUCUGUGCAGCAGCAAAGCUUUGCUAGGAGCUGCAUUUGCCUCUUCCACUGCCUCUGUAAGUCUCAAAUCCUCUGCAAUAAAGCACCUUUCAGCAUCAUUUCCCAGCAGAGGUGAGGGAGCUAUAAGCUAGCUCCUUGACUCUGAUAUUAAAUUCCCUGGUAUUAAUGGAU